AUGAGUUCGACAUUGAUUCACCUUGGAUUCACCCAAUUCCCCAAAUUGAAGUCGGCGAUUAUACGGGACGCCAUUGAUGUUUGCAACAAGCGGACAACCCCCCUUCAAUUUCCUUUUGCGCCCUGCCUCGAACGAAUUCGACUGGACAAGGUCUUAUUCCCGGUUGACUCUGCUCAUUGGCUUAUCCUUCCAUCGCAACUGACGAUUACUACCACGACAAAAGAGACCACUGGUCAAACGCGAUCUGUCGCGGAUUUUGUGAACAAGUGGCUCCUCUGCGGAGGCUCUCUCAACGGCAGCUGGCCUCUCACGCUUCUCUUAGAAGCUGCUCCGCAUGCCGUCGAGCUCGAUCUUUCCUAUCACUCCAUACGCGGGAUGUUUCUUUCUAUUUUGCAUGAUCAAGGAGGUGGAAAUUCGCUCGUACCAGUCCUCAAAGUCCUCAUCGUGCAACUUCCCGUUCAAUACUCCGAAUUAGAGGCAAAGAAGGUCGCAGAUAUGAUCAAAUCAAGGAUGUUAAUGAAGUCGUCACGCAAGAAAGGAAAUGGGUUAGAGAAGCUAGUGGCUUUUCUCGACCCCGCGUUAACUGAGUGGCACGAAGGGAUGAUGGGUAUUCCACGCAACGUUUAUUGGAGGCCUCACGCUGUUGACCCAUACCGUCAAAAAGCCGGAUAA